AUAUCAGUCCUGCUACUGUUAUCAUCAUAAUAGGCUACUUGAAGCAGGUAUUUCUUGAUAGCAAUGAGAUGAUUAUAACAUUAUGCACUCCUAAAUGAGGUUACAGAACUCGAUAAUUGGCUUUAUGUCAUAUUUCACAGAUGAGAAGGAAGCAAAUUAUACAGCAAAAUCCCUGUGGCAACAAGUUUUAUUAGAAAACUUGAAUUACAGAACUGAUUGAGGAGUUUACUACAGAAACAGAGUCUUUGUUAGAACAUUAUGAACAGUCAAGGGGCCUCUGCUGUGUUUGUCGGGGUGAUUUUGCGUUCAACUGUAAAGUCUCUCCUCGAUCGAGACACACCUUCAUCCUCUGCAGACCUGUAGUCUUCAUAUAACGACUAUCCGGGAUACCAUUCAUACCCAUACCUUGAGAAAAAUGAAUGAAUAUUAAUCCCUAAUCCCUUUCAUGGUUUUUCUUCGACCGUGCACUUCAGCAGUCGGGGCUGUCGCAUCCUCUCCCUGCGCGGAGCUGCAUGGCAACGGGAGGAGGAGACUUGCUCGGGAUGAGGGAGGGUACCACGGUCCCACGUGUCCUCCUCACCCGCAGACCCAUCGCAUCUCUCUUCGCUUUCCCAUCCUCCGUUUCCGCAUACCGCAGAUUCGCAUAUACACACACACACUCAUGCAUACAACCUCAUCCAUGCACCCAUACGCACCCGCGCGCAGCCUUGCGUACUCUCCCGUUCUUCUUCAUAUUUCCUCACCUAUCAAUAUCCUGGCCUGUAUUGAUCAUCUCCGUCAUAAGCCUAGGCUAUGAUUCAUUUUGCAUCGUUCUGAUAUGCAAAUCCAAAUUCUCCAUAGCGGCCGGAGCUGAGAGUGGUGAGAGAGAGAGAGAAACAGAGAGAGAGGGGGGGAGAGAUGAGAGGACGCGCAUCAUCAGAUGUUUAGCAGAUUCACUUUGGAUCCUCGCCAUCAUUUCAGCCGUGCAGUGGUUUUUGCUCUUUUUCCUCCUCUCCACCGGCCGGGUUCGUGACAUCUUGCCGCUCUCGAUGUUGUAAUCCCGGGGAAUAUGUGAAGAUCAUGCUGGCGGUGUGGUGCUUCAUGGUCUUUGCUGCAGUGGGCGAGAGGCUUGCAGUCUCAGGUAAGCGAGAGAAGAGAGAGGAGAGAAGGAGAGAGAGAGAGAGAAGGGGUGAAGAGCGGGAGCAGCCUUUUCGUUUCCUUUGCAUCCACAUUUUUUCCCCCUUGCACCAGCACUUUUCUAACCCCGGUGUAGGCUGUGAUUUGAUUGUAGUGAGAUCUCGGUUCCAACCUGCCAACUGGCCUGAGAGCGCUCUCCGAUGCGGUAGAUUUGCUGCAUCAACAUAUUUCCACCGCAGCCCCCUUAACCUAUAUAUCCAACGUACCCGUAACCAUUUUGCCAAAGGGGUUUUCUCCAAUAAACAUGUCAAAUCACUAUGUCAUAACUUGUCAAACAUCAAUGCAAUGUGUUUUUCAACCUGAUUGAUGAUUUCUUAGAUUUUAAGUUAUAUAGGCCCCUGUGCAUGUGCAUAAAUGGGCGUCAUUCUAGUAUAGAGCAUUAUUUAUUUCCAUUAAAGCCUGAAAACCCAUUAUCAAUGAAAUGUGUUAUAAUAGAGAAAUGGCUGAUAGAACAAAUCAUUAGUCAAGUGUGAUAAAUUAGGUCACUGAACCAUCAGUUUACAGAAAACACUGAUCUGAUUGCUUUCUCAGUGUGACUUGUUUAAAAUAUUGCUUAUGAUAUUUAAAUCUGCAAUCUUUUGCUUUGCUUACAAAAUCACUGCCAUAUCAAAUGUAGCCUCACCCAGGCUCAGGUGUGUCACCAUACCUUGCCAAGCCCACUGCACACCCAUGAGUGUCCCUGUUGUACUAUACUACCCCGCAGGUGUGGACAGGAGCCCGGUGCAGGAUGGAGACGGAGGCAUAUGGGACUGGUUUACCCCGGCCGGGCGGCCAGACAACAGGGACACCGCAACCGAGGUCACCUAUCCAAAGCGGCUGGUGCAGCAGAUCCGGUCGGAGGAGGAAAUGGCUCAUGACUUCUUGGAUACCAGGGUGAAGAACGUUACCGGGGAGACCUCGCCCGUCCACUUGGCUCAGAGCUGUUUCCAAGUGGAAGCUUUUGGACUCACGUUCACUCUGGACCUGGAGUUAAACCAUCACCUCCUGUCUUCAGAAUAUGUGGAACGGCACUUUAACCAGGACGGCAGACCCUCACAGUCUGUGGGAGGGGAGCACUGCUACUACCAGGGAAGGUUAAGAGGUUUACCAGAGUCCUGGGCAGCUCUCUCCACCUGCCACGGCCUGUGCGGCAUGUUCUCUGAUGGCUUCUUCUCUUAUGGGAUUGAACCAGUUCACAAUGGGAGCAAUCAGGAUAAUGGCGCUCACUUAAUCCGCAGGAUGCCUGAUAUCAGACUUUCCCCCCACUGCCCAGACUGUAAAGAGGACAGUGAGUGGGAUAGCAGAGGAGGUGAUGGUGAUGACGACAGACCAGACCAAAUGAGGGAGCAGCAGGUGUCUGGGGGGCUGAGGCGAUCCAAGCGUUAUGUUCGCAGGCCCUCCGUCCAGACUGAGACCAAAUACAUUGAGCUGAUGGUGGUCAACGACAAUGACAUGAUGGUACAGCUGCGUCGCACUGGCAGCCAAACCAAGAACUUUGCCAAAGCGGUGGUCAACAUGGCCGAUGCGAUCUACAAGGAGCAGCUGAACACACGAAUCGUGUUGGUUGCCAUGGAGACCUGGACCUCUAAAAAUAUGAUGCCAGUAGUGGAAGAUCCAUUGAUAACACUGCAGAACUUCAUGAAGUACAGAAAGGACAACAUCAAAGAGCAGAGUGACGUCGUCCAUCUUUUCUCAGGACGUACGUUUCAGAGUAGCCGCAGCGGGACGGCCUAUACAGGAGGAGUGUGCUCUCUAACGAGGGGUGGAGGUAUCAAUGAGUAUGGGAAUGUAGGUGCAAUGGCCAUCACUUUGUGCCAGAGCCUUGGCCAGAACAUUGGGAUGAGGUGGAACAACGCACGCAACUCUGCAGGAGACUGCAGGUGCCCAGACACCUGGCUGGGCUGCAUCAUGGAAGACACGGGAUACUAUCUGCCCAGAAAGUUUUCUCGCUGCAGUGUUGACGAGUACAUCCAGUUCUUGCUCCAAGGGGGCGGGAGCUGCCUCUUCAACAAGCCCAACAAGCUAUUGGACCCUCCAGAGUGUGGGAAUGGCUUUGUGGAGCCAGGGGAAGAGUGUGAUUGUGGAUCCCAGGUGGAGUGCGCCCGUAGUGGAGGCGCCUGCUGCAAAAAGUGCACACUUACCCAUGACGCCAUGUGCAGUAAUGGACUCUGCUGCACUGGCUGCAAGUAUGAGCGGAGAGGCGUGGUGUGUCGAGAGGCUGUGAACGACUGUGAUAUCCCAGAGACCUGCACCGGAGACUCCAGCCAGUGCCCUCAUAAUGUCCACAAGCUGGAUGGCUACAUAUGUGAUAGUACUCAGGGUCGAUGUUACGGUGGACGAUGCAGGACUCGUGAUGGGCAGUGCAAGGGACUCUGGGGUUAUAAUUCAGCGGACAGGUUUUGUUAUGAGAAGCUGAACGCUGAGGGGACAGAGAAAGGCAACUGUGGUCCGGGUCCUGAGGGUCAGGGCUGGUUGCAGUGCAACAAGCCGGAUGUUUUAUGCGGCUUCCUGUUCUGCGCCAACAUAACCAUGAAGCCAAAGUUUGGAGACCUGCAGGGUGAGGUGACCAGCUUCACCCUCUACCACCAGAACAAGUACCUGGACUGCCGAGGCGGCCAUGCUCUGCUGGAGGAUGGCUCAGACCUGGGCUAUGUGGAGGAUGGCACUCCCUGUGGUCCCAAUAUGAUGUGUUUGGAGCGACGCUGCCUCCCUGUGGCCUCCUUCAAUCUCAGCAUCUGUGCGGGAUCCAACUUUGGGCGCAUCUGUUCCGACCACGGGACCUGCAGUAAUGAGGUGAAGUGUAUCUGUGACAGGGACUACACAGGGAAGGACUGCAGUGUCUUUGAUCCUAUCCCUGAGCCUACGGUCCCGACGGGCCCAGAGAAGAAAGAUCUGGUGGAGGAUAAGAUGUCUAUCUGUCUUUCUGUCUCUGUGUCCUGUCUACUCCUGUCUUCCUCCACGCACUGUGUCGUUUCCACAUUGGAGAAGAGGAGAACAAAAAAAAAAAAAAAAAAAAGUCUUCCACUCCGGUCUCAAAUCUCUCCAAACCUCUUCCGAUUGUUUCCUCCACACACUCCUGUCUGCUCCUUUCGUCUGUCCUCCUGCCUGGCUCUGCUGCCCUCUGGGCCUGUGGAGCUCCUCUUACCAUACCAGCCAAAUCAUACUCGUGUGGCUGCUUCCAGCAGAGCACUGAGGAUUGUAUCCGGAGCCACGCCUAGAGCGAGCAGGUGGAGACGCAGGGUUGUUCCUCCAGGCCGGUGGCUCUAAGAAAGGUGCUUCGGUGUCUGUGUAGCCCCUUUCCUCACAUCUCGGACAGUCUGAUAGAGAACAUAUCAACGGUGGACCAAUUUAAUAUGAGACAUGUCUUUCCAAUGCCUGCUUGCCUGCCUGCACACAAACGUCAUCUGGCCACCAACUGAGUCCACAGUGAAAAUGCUGGACUAGCACAUAAACUGGCCAUCAGAUAGACUAUUACGAUGCUGAAACGUAACAGGAGUUGAAUAGUUUCUUUCUUAAGAAGAAGGACCUGAGGCACAGUCCCUCCAAAGCCAGGCCUUGACUGAGUGAAUCUCAAACGGACACAGAUGUGUUUUAAUCUCAAAUGUUUGGCAACGUGGAAAUAACUGAAAAGAAACCUAACAUUGGACUGUCAUUAAGCAUGUUUUCCAAAGAGAGGCUGAGGAAGGACUAACAAUCAUAUAAGACGACAGCUCGAAACCUAGUCAACCGUUAGCCAGAGCCCAGACUGAUAACUGACUAUGUUCAUCGUUAUUUCUUCUUUUAACUUGAGGCGUCCUAACCUGCCCCCCCACCCCUCUCCCCCCCACAGGUUUUCAGGUACAAAAAGGGAAGCAAGGUGUUAUGGUUUUGGGAUCAUUUUUAAAACACUGAACAUCGAAGCAGCAGAGACCGUAACUUAGUGUUUUCAACCACAACAUACAUUCCACAAAAUCUGUCUGUACGCGUGCUCACCACUUUCAGGCCCAAAGUUUGUACGCUUCAGAGGUUUAAAUCCGUGUGUUUGUUCAUGAGCGAAUGUACGGGGUGCGAGAGAUUUUUAAAAAGAAAAGACGAAUGUAUGCGUGUUUACAUUAGUGUUUGGGGCAGUUGUGUCCAUGUACACCUUAACACUCCUCCUAUCACAGGUAGAUAGGCAGGUUUUUACCUCUAGAAUAUCAUCUCUUUCUACAGCCCGUUGUGCGCUGCAGCCAUGGCACCAUAAAGGCAGCACAUUAAUAAAGAAUACAACUGUUUUUACUGUAUGUCAUGUAUCUACAGAAAAUGAGCACUAGCCAAUUGUAUGCACACCUAUUUGUAAAUAUGUGCAAGAUAUACUGAAUGUUAAAUGCACUGUAUGGAAAAAAAAAAAUAUUUAAAAGCUAGUUUUAUCUGUUUCAGCUAACAUAUAGCUAUCAGUCUCUUGACACGACUCGCAUUUCUCUCCUGUAGUCGACGCCGUCCAUGCAUCUUUCAAUGUGGCCUAAGAGCUUAGCUAGCCGUCUCGCCAUUUCUCUUAUCAUUCCAGCUAUCACAGAAAUGUCAUGAACCUUUUGUACAUUUUGUCGAUAGCCCUGAGCCCUGGGUGAACGCCACAGCCCGGAGACUUUGUAAUGAUCCCCCCACUGUAAAUGAGAUUUAAAGAGAUCUAGUCCGUGGGUUGAGAAGGCAGCUUGUCUGAUAACGUAUGCGUGUAUGAGGUCAGUUUGGUUCGUUUGAGCUUUGCACUGUGGCAGAUGCACUAUUGUUAUUAUUACAAUAUGUACAGAGUUGGUAUCAAAUACAAUUGGUUUGAUUGUUUUGAACUUUAAGGGAAAAAAAAAAAAAGAGAUGCAUCUUACCCCAUAUUUUUAGACACUAUCUUUUUUGAAUUGAAACAAAAGAAAGAUAUGAACUAAGGCUUGUAGAUGGAUUGAAAUGAAGGGAAAAUAAAAUAUAUAAAACAUGAAACCACACCUCCUACUCUCUCAUCUGGCUGCC